AUGGGUUGCGAUGGUGGUACCAUACCAAGAAGAGAUGAAUUGGUAAGAACAAAGAAGAAACCUGAACAGAAAGACAAAAUGGCUGAUUUGGUGGCCAAAUGGAAACACUGUGCCAUCAGCCAAGAAACUUUAAGAACACCAGUUAUGGGCUGUGAACUUGGCAAGUUGUAUAACAAAGAAUCUGUACUUGAAUUUCUCCUUGACAGAAACAAAUUUGAAUGUGCACAUAAUUUUAAGCAUUUAAGAGGCCUUAAGGAUUUGAAAGAACUCAACUUGACAGUGAAUCCCAGUGAAACCCGGAAACAGGCAGAAAAAGGAGAUGCUUACAUUGAUUCUUUGACUGCCAAUUACAUUUGCCCAGUUGUUGGGGUUGAAAUGAAUGGUAUGUUCAGAUUUUGUUUUGUGUGGAGAUGUGGCUGUGUGAUGUCAGAGCGGGCUCUAAAAGAAAUCAAGUUAGAUAUUUGUCACAAGUGUGGUCAAAAGACAAAAGCUGAUGACAUUGUAAUAAUCAAUGGUACAGAAGAAGAUAUUCAAUUGAUGACAGAAAGAAUGAACAAACGCAGAGAAGCUGCAAAACUUGAAAAGAAAGCCAAGAAGGCUGAAAAAAAGAAGUCUGACAUGUCUACUUCAGAGGAUGCUGGUUGUAGUGGCAGCAAAUUACCUUGUCUCUCCAAUGGAAUCAGUGUAAAUGGUUCUGGAAAAUCCAAAUUAAUCAAUGGCUCCAAAAAAUGUGAUUCUACCAAUACUUCUACAGCUGUUGCAUCAGGCAGUGGCACAAGUUCCAGCAUGAAAACUCUUUCUAAAGAAAAGACAUUGACCGCACUUCAGAAGGAUCCGAAAAGCAGCAAUGUUUAUAAUAUCUAUCUCUUAGUCUGUUCUCACCUAUCUAUCAAUUUAUCUAUUUAUCUUAUUGUUUGCAUCUAUCUAUCAUUCUGUUCACAUCUAUCUAUUUAUCAUUCUGUUUCCAUCUAUCUCUUAUUAUGUCACAUCAUCUAUCUAUUACUCUGUUCACAUAUCUAUUAUUCUGUUCACAUCUAUUUUAUUUUGUUCACAUCUAUCUAUUAUUCUGUUCACAUCUAUUUUAUUCUGUUCACAUCUAUCAUUGUGUUCACAUCUAUCUCUUAUGUCAUUAUCUAUCUAUCAUUCUGUUCACAUUUAUCUAUUUCUUAUUAUGUCGCAUUUAUCUAUUGA